CAAGGACAUGUGUUAAAUAACCACCCUUGUGAAUGGUAGUUUCUGACAGUUACUCUUACUCUCCGUAAUGUGUGUCAGUGCUUUUUAACCACAGGACAGAUUCAUUUAAAUUAGCUGUUAGACAGUGUGGUCGCUUGUGGACUGAAUGGCGGCCCCGGCUCAUGUCUCCAGAGUCCGCUCACUGUACAAGAGGAUUCUAGUCCUGCACAGGUUCCUGCCCAUAGAUUUAAGAGCCCUGGGUGACCAGUAUGUGAAAGACGAGUUCAGAAGACACAAAAAAGCUGAAACCGACGAGGUGAAGAACUUCAUGACAGAGUGGGAGAACUACAAGGACACCCUGCAGACUCAGAUACUGGAAGCGGUGGGGGAACAAGACGCCCCGGUCAAGUUCGGGGCCGACCUGUCCGACGGGAAACUCGGCCACUUCCAGGAGGACCAGAUCGGCCAGCUGUACGAGCUCAUGCUGGAAUCCACCAAACCUAACAGACAAUUUAACAUCCAGGAAGACACCAAGUGAGCCGGCAAAACGGGACUUUUACUCGGACGACAGAAAACAGACGGUGCAAUCGUUAAUUCAGACCUCUAAUAUAUUAUCACUCAUAUAUUAUCUCUGAGUGCCUCAGAUAUAGAGUGGUACUCAGAGGCUCAGUAGAAGCUUUUAAGAAUAUGAGAUUCUACUAAAGAGCUGUGUAAUAUCUCUGUGUUCCUGUGCUCGUCUAUUUGACCGUAUGUGACAAUAAAAGUAGGUUCCUCAUG